AUGUAUCCGAACCUUUUCGAAGGGCUCGGAUUAAAAAAUCAGGAUUUGACGAAAUAUGACACGUCGCUGGUUUCAUUUGACGGGAGAGUCGUAAUUCCUGAGGGACAAAUCUCUCUCCCGGUGGACAUGGAGGGCAAGGGAGUUAUUGUUACCUUCAUAGUAGUCCAAUCAUUCUCAUCGUAUACCGCGAUCCUGGGGAGGCCAUGGAUUCACGCAAUGAAGGCUGUUCCAUCCACCCUCCACGUGAAAGUGAAAUUUCCCACUGAGUAUGGAGUUGCCGAGGUAAGGGGAAAUCAACAAGUGGCGAGACAGUGUCUUGUUACUGCGAUCAGAUGGAAAAGUGAAAUGCUCAGGCAAGCUGAACAGACCGAGGAAGAAAUCUCAUAG